CCACAUCAACUAACUCCCAAAAUCGCUACCAUCACCAUGCCGCCUGCCUCCCGAUGUCCGAAUGUGGAUUAGACUUUCCCGACCCGAAAACCUCGAUUCUCUCCCACUAGAACAGAAUUUCGCUCUUCAACUCCACUCCCGGAUUCGAUUCGCUGCGUCCACCGUGAUAUACGGCUCUGAUUGCUUCAACAGUCGUACUCUUCCUCACUGUAGCUCGCUAGGGUUUCAUUAGCUACCUUUCCAGGUUUGGACCAGCAAAAUGUGUACACUAUAGCUGUACCCUAAGUUGAUCUGUAGUCCCUGUAAACUGUUUUGCAAACUACCUGAGAUGGUUUCUUCAGGGGAAUGCGUAACAGAUGAAGUUGUUUGUGAUAAAUCACAACAUAAACAGAGCUCUGAUGGUGGAGAUCAUGCAUUGGAAGAGAUCCCUGGUAGUAGAGAUCAUAAUACAUCACAAUCUGAUCAAAAGGGAAGGGUUACCUCAAGAGAAACUAAUAAAUCAUUACAAUCAGACCAAGAAGGAAGCAUGUCAAUCAUAAUUUCUGAGCAAACAUCACUGACCCCAGCUACCACUGCCCAUACCUUUGCUGUUCCAGAGAGCAGCACUCCUGUAAUACGUGAGAAAGUACCAGAUGAUGGAUAUAACUGGCGAAAAUAUGGGCAGAAACUUGUUAAAGGAAAUGAAUUUAUACGAAGCUAUUACAGAUGUACACAUCCGAAUUGCCAAGUGAAAAAGCAACUGGAGCGUUCACAUGAUGGGAAGAUUGUGGAUACUGUCUACUUUGGACAUCAUGAUCAUCCAAAGGUUCUGAACCUUCCACUUGCUGUUGGCUUAGUUGUGUCCGUUGUUGAAGAGUCUCCUGAUCGUGCAUCUUUGAGUCUUGUCAAAGAAGAAAAAUCUUCCAAUGCACAAGGUCAGAAUCCUCAUCAGCUUGGGCCGAAAGAUACUCACCAACCUUUAGUUGUUGUGGCCAAUGAAGAUGUAAAGGGUGCUCUUUCACUAUCAAGUAGGAGAAAAGAUGAGGCUGAUAGUGAGGAUGGUCCGAGUCCAAAGAGAAGGAAGAAAGAAAGUAAUAAUGUUUAUGCAACUCCAGUUGAGAAGCCAAAGAGUGAAUCACGCGUUGUUAAGACUACGAGUGAGGUUGAUAUUGUGAAUGAUGGAUACCGCUGGCGUAAAUAUGGUCAGAAACUAGUGAAAGGCAAUCCUAACCCCAGGAGUUACUAUAGGUGCUCAAGUCCUGGAUGCCCGGUUAAAAAACAUGUAGAGAGGGCAUCUCAUGAUGCAAAAAUAGUUAUAACUACUUACGAGGGAAAACACGACCAUGACAUGCCUCCAGCUAGGACUGUUACUCACAACACAGCCGGUAGUCAUGCAACCGCUCAUAAAGACGAGCCUGGCACCAGAUUAGAAGAAAGCAAUACUGUCUGCCAUGAUAUGGUUGUUUAUUCUAGUUUAGAUCUUAAGAGUAAAUCGAAUGAACAUCUAAAAGGUGAGUACAGGGAUACAUCAGAAGUGACUGGUACGGCUGGUGUUGAAGCAAUCAAUGCGCCUGUAUCAAGUUCUGAAGUGAGGUCAAAUGAGAAACAAAAUGCCAAGUCAGAUCCCACAAAAGAGAGUCAAGUUCUUGACUCUGAUAUGAUUACUAUUGCUAAACCAGAUCCUCAGGGUAGAUCAAAGGAACAACUGAACAGUGAGUCGGAGGAAAAUGGCACUGCUGGUACUGAUAACAAGGCUGGCAUUUCUCCACACCCUGAGCGUAAUCUUGACGAGCAACGAAUGCUAAAUGCAGAAGUUGUCCAAAGCUAAUCUGAGAUUGCUGUUGUCUAUAAAAUUGUGUUAUUGACAUAGAUCCACCAGGUUUAUUAAUGGUAGAGCCGAGGAUUGGACACGUAGCAAAAUCCCUAAAGAUGAGAUUCAAAGCCUUCAUGGUAUGUAAAAAUUAUUUGUGAAGGUAGAAUAAGGUGUUAAGAGUAAAGGGGGUGGAAUAAGAUGUAUGAUUAAAGAUUUAGCUGACUGGCUGUAGAAGUCUAUUUUCUUUUAAGGAUCUAACAUGGAAGGGUUACCAAACAGCCGUGUCUUGCUAUAUUUUGAGUUAAAUAUUACGCAAUCAAAUCUCUGAUUAUCA